AUGGCAGGGGAUAGGAAAAAAUCCGCGGACAGGGCUCCCCGCCCUCCACCACCACACAACACGGAACCAACGGCACGAGCAAUUACAGCGAGGGAUCUUACAGAAGAAACCAGCGGAACGUUGUACUACUCGAUCGAGACUCUCAAAUACAUGACAACGGAAGAAAGGCAGAUGGUGCGCGAUUUCCUGGCCAGGGCAGAAUGGAGGACUAACACCGCGAAGAAGCCGAAGACACCCGGACGACACGACAACGACUCUGAGAACAACUUGAAAGAAACACCAGACUCUCCAGAAGAAUCGGACCACUCGGCAGCCGAACUAUCGGAGGCUGAAUACGACGACAACAGCGCAGACAUGGUCUGCGACUCAGCGACCGACACGUCAUCCUGUGAGCAGGCUGAUGAAGCCGGCUUUCAGCUAGUCACUAACAAGAGGCGACGGAGGAAACCCAGCCAGUCUGCGACCGCAAACGGAGACAACGACGACCCGAAGCGUGCAAAGACCGAACAACCCGCGUUUGCGGUACCAGUCAGCAACGCGUACACCGCACUCGCGGACCAGACCAACGACCAACCAGACGUCCAGCAGAGCCAGCCACCACCAACGGCAGCAGGAAGACCGCCCCCCUUGGUGGUGUUUGGUGUGUGUGUUGCAGGCUGCUGCAGCGCGCGCAGCGUGCUGUGGUACCUGAUCUUCUGCGGCUGCGUGGUCAACUUCAUGGUGACGACCAACAUCAACAUCGCCAUCGUGGCGAUGGUGCGGCCGCGGCGCAGCAACGCCACGGAGGUGCUGCCCGCCGCCGUACUCGAGUGCGGCGUCGCCGCCUCCGCCUUCUCGGCGCCCAACUCCACGUCCGCCGGCGCGGAGCUGCUGGCGGCCGAGAACGCCACCGACGGCCUCGCAGCGACCACGCAGCUCCCCGACGUCCUCAACGUGUCCGCUGUCGAUGAACAACAGGCGAAACGAGCAAUGGAGCGGCGGUACCCGUGGGACGAGUACCAGCAGGGCCUGGUGCUGGGCGGCUUCUUCUGGCUGCACUGGGCCACGCAGAUCCCGGGCGGCGUGCUGGCGCAGCGCUACGGCACCAAGCUCGUGUACGGCGCCAGCAACGCCGCCAUCAGCGUGCUCUGCUUCGCCAUCCCCGCAGCCGCCGCCGCCGACUACCGGCUCGUCGUCGCGCUGCGCGUGCUGCAGGGACUCAUCGCGGGGCUGGUGUGGCCCGCCAUGCACAACAUCAUCGCUGCGUGGAUCCCGCCCGCAGAGCGCAGCACCUUCGUCACAGCAUACACAGGGGGCAGCAUGGGCGUGGCGCUGACGUUCUGCCUGGGCGGCGUGCUGGUGUCGGCGUGGGGCUGGCCGUCGCUGUUCCACGUGACGGGCGCGCUCGGCGUGCUGUGGUUCGCCGCCUGGUGGCUGCUCGUCUACGACACGCCCGCCAAGCACCCCCGCAUCUCGGACCGCGAGCGCCGCCUCAUCGCCGACGCGCUGGGCGCCGCCGUCUCCACCAAGAGGCCGCGGACGCCGUGGGCCAGCAUCGCGACGUCGUGGCCGCUGUGGCUGACGGUGGUGGUGCACUGGGCCAGCAACAUGGGCAUCUUCACCCUCAUGACGCAGGCGCCCACCUACUUCAAGUACAUCCACGGCUGGGACAUGGGCAUGACGGGCAUGCUGUCGGGGCUGCCGCACAUCCUGCGGACUCUGUUCGGCUACGGUUUCUCGCGCCUCUCGGACUUCCUGCUGAGCUCCGGACGCGCCACACACACCGUCGUACGCCGCAUCGCCACCUUCGUCUGCUGCCCGGUGAUGGGCGUUCUGACGCUGGGCCUGGCGUUCUGCGGCUGCCAGCCGGUGUGGGCCGCCGUGCUGCUGGCCGCCGCCACCGCCGUCAGCGGCGCCAUCUCCUCGGGGCCGCUCGCCAGCCUCGUCGACCUCAGCCCCAACUUCGCAGGAAUCCUGAUGGGCGUCAGCUGCACCCUCGGCUUCACAGCAGCCUUUAUAUCGCCCCUCAUCGUCAGCGUGCUCACCUACAACAAUCAAACGACAGCACAGUGGCAGCUGGUCUACAUCGUGGUUAGUGUGCUGCUGGCUGCACCAGGUGCCGUCUAUACCUGCUGUGCCACAUCUGAACUGCAGCCCUGGAACUCCACCACUGCACGUGAACGUGUGCAUACUCAGGUGCCGCCAGCAGAGCUGCAUGCACUUACCAAGCCGGACGAUGACUCCAAGGACGCCGCCGGUGCCUAGCAUCUGCUGCUGACUGCUGCCACUGCUGUUCCUACGACUCCCUCUGAGGGAGCAACAGAUUUCCCUGGUUUGCAUAUGAUCAGCUUGUCAGAUGCACGUGGAUAUCAGUAUUAUCUUGUGCAAGAUGCUCCACUCAUUUUAGGACUGGUGCUUUCAGUGUUUCUCUCCUGAAGCAAGUGCUGACACUGCAUUUCAUCCUGAGACCGGGCUCAUUUUCUUGUAUUGGCAGAGUUCACUUAAGUAUGACAUAUGGAUUUUGCAGUGUUUUAAACAACAGUCUGUCAGUUAGUCUAAUUUUGUUUAGCUUUAAAUACAGACAAUUCAUUAAAAUAAUUUAAUAAUUUUU